UGUGAUAAGUGGUAUUAGUCUUACGUUUCUCCCAUAACAGGAACGGAGUCUUUCUUUUGCCAUCCUGAUCUCAAGCCUCUCUCAUCUUCAUUAUGUUUACUUGUCUUGGGGCAGGUUCCCAUGAUAAUUUCUUGCCAGCAGUGCAUGGACAUAUAUUAAGAUAUCUAAAGCUUUAUUCAUAAUUGAUUUUGACAUAAUAAAGUGAAAGUUUAAAAAAAGGAUUCUUUUUAUGAUAAAACUUAGAAAAUACCACCAGUCUAAAAUCAAAUAUUAAGGUGUAAAUUCAAAAGAAAAUAAAUAUCUGGUUGAUAAUUUGAAUGGCGCUCCCUAGGAUUUUGGCAGAGCAUGGUGGUUCACUACAGUAUCUUUAACAGCAGCAGAUUUGGACAAAUAUUUAAACUCUGUGUGUACCUUUUCCUCAUCUGUACAGUUAAAUUCAUGGAAGUGACUGCCUGAUAGAUUUGUGAAGAAUGAAGAAGUGAUCACAUGUGAUCCAAUGAUUAAUUUAACAUUUGAAGUCCUCUUUAAAUGUUAUACAUGCAACCCUUGAAAUACUGCUACUAUCAGAAAAACAUUCAGUAAAUGGUUUCCAGUGGGAACUAAUGGUAAGUGGAGAAUAUUGGAUUCAGCUGACACUAUAUGUGUAGCUUGUGCCUUGUGUUCCCAUGCAGGACAUUCUAACUGACAAGACAGACACCAGGGACGAGUAUCUGAGAGGAUGGAUAGCAGGAAAUUGACUUUAAAUGUGAUCAUCUUAGUGCAGACUGUGGUUGGAAUCCUGGGGAAUUUCUCACUUCUUUGCCAUUAUAUCAUCCUGUACAUCACUGGCUACAGGUUAAGGUCCACAGAUUUGAUAAUUAAGCACCUGACUGUAGCCAACUUCCUUACCCUUCUCUGUAAAGGCGUCCCCCACACAAUGAUGGCGUUUGGGUGGAAACAUUUCUCCAGUGAUGCUGGAUGCAAACUAUUUCUGUUUCUUCACAGAGUGGGGAGGGGAGUGUCCAUUGGUAGCAUCUGCCUCUUGAGUGUCUUUCGGGUGAUCAUGGUCAGUCCCAGGAAUUCCAGGUGGGCAGAGCUUAAAGUAAAAGGUCCCAAGUACAUUGUUCCCUCUAUUCUCCUAUGUUGGAUUUUGCAAAUGUUGUUAAAUAUCAUUUUCCUUAUCUACAUACGUGGUGUACGGAGUGACACAAACAUCACAAACAUCAAGGAUUUUGGAUACUGUUCUUCCAUUCGUCAUGACAAAACCAGAGAUGCCCUAUUUGCAGCAUUGCUUUUGUUCCCUGAUGUUUCAUGUUUGGGGCUCAUGCUCUGGGCCAGUGGCUUCAUGAUUUUCAUCCUGCACAGGCACAAGCAGGAGGUCCAACACAUUCAUAGGACCAGUGCCUCCCAUAGAUUCUCUCCUGAGUCUAAAGCUACUAAAACCAUUCUUCUUCUGGUGACCACUUUCGUCUACUUCUACACUCUUUCCUCCAUCUUUCAAAUUGUUUUGUCUCUUUUGGACAAUCCCAGCUGGUUCCUUGUGACCAUCGCUACAGUCAUGAGUGCAUGCUUCCCGGCUGUCAGCCCCUUUGUGCUCAUCAGCCGUGACUCCAGUGUACACAGCCUCUACUUUGCCUGGAUAAGGAAUGUAAAACCCCUUUUUUAAUGAGUAAUAUGUAAAUUUCAUUUAUGUCCAUAAUGUAGCAUUGUCAAAUAUUUGAUCAAUUCAUUCAUCCUCUGACACCUAAUUAAGCUAUUGGAUCUGAAGAAAAUCACAUACCGGAAAUGCUGAGCAUCUCCUUGAAAAUGAACAAUUGUAAUAGUAUUGACAUGAAAUGUAAGUAUCUUCUAGUUAAUUGUGUCAUUGAAGUUUUUCAAAUUCUUGUAGAAAAGGAGUUUAGAAUUUAUGGAAUAAUAAAUACCAGAUCUUGAAGUGAUCUGCAUAAUACAAAGUCUUCCAAGUGUGUAGCUUUCAAUCUAA